AUGGAUGAUGCUGGAAAGAGGGAGUUCAUUCAGAAGAACGUGACAUCAGACUUGCAGUAUAUCUGGGACGAUUCUGAAGUGAGCUUGGAUUUACAGUACAGGUUUGCACAACAUUAUAGAUCUCUACGGGUUUUCAUCGCCCUUGGUGAGACAACAGCUGACAUCAGGACGGCCUUGAAGAAUGAUUUCCAGGUAGAUCCCAACUCUGGAGCUGACCAACGAGCUGAAACAGCUAAGGUGGUGAGCGCUUGGACGGCAGGAAGACAACUUUACGAGAAAGAAACGGAGUUGCAUGCAGAAAGUAAGGUGUUGGGGAUGCCCAGGAACCUUCAACAUAGCGAGCGGCAAGCAAUGCUGAAAGCAGUGGAAGCUGCACUUGGAGUUCUCCCUGAACACGAUACACCCAGCUCUGAGUACCUUGCAAUGAAAGUGGAAGAAUGUGAAAACGGGGAGAUCUUGGCCUCCUCCCUUGACGAGAUCACAAGCAAAACCCACAAGAAUACCUCUUCCCUGCAGACUUCAUUGGAUACAGCGGGCCAUGUACGAGUGGUGAAAAACAAAUCAAAAGGGACACUGCCCAACAAUACUGAAGAGUAUAGGCAAGCUUUGAAGUUAGAGGCAGUGACAUGGAUGUGCAUGGCUGCGAAGUUCAAGUCGAAACACUGGUUGUCAGACCUCAAAGCAGAUCAUUUUCAACGAUUUGUGGAAUACAUCCUGGGUGACAGGGUCAAUGCCAUUAAGGUUCCUUAUGACAACCAGCAUGUGGCAAUCAAACCCAAUUGGGCACUGGUGCUACAGUACGAGCAUCGAUUGCGGCGGGAGGCAUUCAAACUUGUCAAUCGUGGAGAAGCAACUUUGGGAGAUGCCUUGGUGCGAGUGACAAAAGAUCCAGAUCUCAAAGAAGCCUAUUUUACAACGCCGCUGGCUUUGACAACAGCAGAGACACCAGUUAAGUAUCAGAAGACUUCACAGAAGGGAAACAACGAAUGGACCAACCGUCAGAAGGGCAAAGGCAAGGGAAAAUUCCAACAACACAAGGGUUUUGGAAAAGGUGCCAAGAACAAUGCAUCAAAGGGAAAGCACGGCGAUUUGAGCCUGGUUGCACAAACCCCGGACGGACGGGACAUUUGCUUUGCAUUCAACUCACAAGGAUGCAACGGAAAGUGUGGCAGAGUACAUGUUUGCAGAGUCCGAGGAUGUUUUGGCGAUCACGCGGCAAGGGAACACUCAAAGUUCCAAGGGAACCAGAAAAAGGCCGAGAUCUUGGGAAAACCACUGGUGGUGACAAACCAGCAAGCGUUUGGCAACUGGAAGAGUUGGCCGCAGUUUGACGAAGACCGCAGUUACUUGGGACCACUUCCUGCUGCAUGCUCACAUCCGUUUCAUGUCAGAAAACUUAUCGGGAAAGAAAACGGCAAAUGGAAAACAGCAGAUGCGGCGGCCUACCCGCCUCCACUUUGCAAAUGGCUGGCACAACUCAUCGUCUCACGAAAGGGGGAAAGUCUCUCUGAGUUGAACAAGCAGCCAGAAAGGCCUCUUGAAAGGCUUGAAAGACCCGUGCAAACCCAGGCACACCACGAGGCAACAGCAGUGGAGGAAAGCCAACACCAAGCAACACAGGAGGCAGAUCAGGAUGUUCCUUCAGAAGAACAAACGGCAGGUCAAAACACAAACGCAGAUGUGAGACAGCACUUGCAUCGGGGGCAGAAGAUCACUCUGGAAUGGGCCGGCAGAGCAAGGGAGCUGGUGGAUGGUUUCGGUUUGUGCUCACCCACUUUAUGGGAACCAUCAUGCAGAGGAGCACACAUGAGCGCGGAGGCAAAAGGUUUGUGCAUGGAGAUUUUUGAGAUGUUGUCAACAUUUGUGGACAAGAAGUUUGCGGACCCGCGCAGAGAAGCAAUAAAACUUGGUCUGGGCCAUUUUUCUUCAUCCCCAUUCACUGACAAGGAGCUGGAAGGGCUGAGGCGCAGCUGGGCGGCUUUGUUGCCUUCAAAAGACAUGGCAAUGGUGGUGCCUGAAAGACAACCUUUCUUGCUUGGCCUUGUAGGCCAGUCUCUGGAGGCCUUUGGGGACCCUGAUUACUCCGUUUACAUGGAGGGCACGGAUUCAUUUUGGAAUGGAGUGCCGGUGGGCUACGACGAACCGUUGCCAAGAAUCCCAGCCGUUUUUCCACCAAAGGAAAAGGCUCGCCCGCUGGACGACUCGGAGUUUAAUAACAUGGCCUGCAACUACAAAUCCGCUGAGGGCAUGGCAGAUGAUCUAGAGAAGAAAUUUCGAGAAGAGGAGCAACUGGGACGAAUGGUGCCUACUACUCUUGGACGUCUCAAAGCAGACUUCCCAGACAGGACUCCUUUGGUUGCAGCUAUGGGAGCAAUUAGGAAGCCAAACGGAGAUGUGAGGCCACUCCAUGAUGGCACUCAUUUCGUCCAGCUCAACAACCAAAUCAUUUUUCAGGAUCAACUUCAGUACCCUGGCCCGGAGGAUGCAGCACAUAUGGUGAGACACAUCCAAGAGGAACAGGAGGCUGUGUUUGCGCUCUCAGCUGACAUCGCUUCAGCACACCGCCUGGUGAAGAUCAGGAGACGUGACUGGCCGCUGCUGGGAUGCAAGGCUCGCUCUGAAGAUAAAACGAUUUGGAUAAACUGCGUGGGGACUUUUGGGAUUUCCUCGGCUUCUUACUGGUGGAGCAGAUUGUUCUCUGGUAUUGGGCGCCUGGCAGCUUACAUCAUGCAACAGCAGAAUUGGUGGCAACUGGUUUAUGUUGACGACUUGCAUCUGACUUGCCUUGGUGCUAGAAAGUUUGUGAACAUGUGGAUUAUCCUCUUGAUUUACGAGCUGGUAGGGACUCCGUUCUCCUACAAGAAAUUCUCAGGUGGUUUGAAGGUGCAGUUUGUUGGAUACCUCUUGGACUAUCGGGAGUGCCUUAUUGGGAUCACAAAGAAGCGUGGCGAGUGGCUCGUGAAUUUCAUUGAGGAGAUGCGGAAAGCUGGAGGGACUGUCCUUUUGAGGCGGUUCAAUGAAUUUGUUGGACGAUUGGGUUUUGUGGCAAGGGUCCUGGUUUGGCUUAAACCUUUCAUGGCCCCCUUGUAUACUUGGUCAUCGGUUUUGGACAGAAGCUCAGUUGCAACUGCACCCCGUUUGGUUUCGUUGGUGAUGAGGUUUUUGAGUGAACAGCUACAUGACUGUACCUAUGUACAUACGUGCAGGCGACCUGAAGGCCUCUCACAAGAACUCUUCCGCACCGAUGCAAAAUGUGAAUUGGGAAGAGUCGUGUUGGGGGGCGUCCACCUGAUUUCAGGGGCCUGGUUCUCAGUGGAGCUACGGCCAGAGCAAGCCCCCUACCUGUUUAAAGAUGGGGGGGAGUCACAGUGGGCGUCAACAACUGCAGAGUUAUUGGCCGUGCUGGUGGCGCUUCAUCUUUUCGGCUUUGUGGGCGGCCCAGUGAAACAUGUCACGACGCCCAUCAAGAUUUCAGCUGGCACUGACAAUCUGGCGAAUGAACAUCUCAUCAAAAAGGGACUGACAACUCGCUGGCCUUUGUGUUUGGUGUAUAUGCAAAUGACCAAAGCGCUCAUGGAUUCAAGAUUGAUGGUGCAACUGAACUGGCGGCCGCGUGACCAGAACGCCCUGGCCGAUGCCCUGACGAAUGAGGACUUUUCGGGAGUGGACAUCCAGAAGCGUAUUCACGUUGACUGGACGAAACUCGAUUUUUCUUGGAUUUGGAAACUUUGGAAUGAACGCAAUGCUUAUCUGGACAAGGACGGUCUUAGGGCCAGUGCGAAGAUUGUGAAACUUGGCGAUUAUGAAAAAUCUGGUUGGUGA